AUGGCACACUAUUCAAAUUCUGAGAUGACAGACAUACUUUUAGUAUUAGGGGAAUGUUCGGGAAAUGCUGCUGCCGCUGUAAGACGCUACAGAGAAAAGUAUCCGAACAGAAAUAUUCCCAAUGCCAGGACUUUUGUAAGUACUGAACGACGACUGAGAGAAACCGGUUGUCUUCAAAGAAGGAAUACAGAUGCUGGUCGUCGUAGAGAAGCAAGAAAUGUUCGCGUUGAACAGCAAAUAUUGGAUGCUGUAAUAAAUGACCCCAGAAUAAGUACACGCAGGUUAGGAUUAAGAACGAAUAUUUCCCAUCAAAGUGUUUUAAGAGUUCUGCAUGAACAGCACUUACAUCCUUACCACUAUCGACAGGUGCAGGAAUUGUUACCUGACGAUAUGCCACUUAGAGUUGAUUUUUGUGAAGUAUUGCAAAAUAAAGUUCAAACUGCACCAAAUUUUUUAAGCAACAUUCUGUUUACAGACGAGGCCACAUUUACAAGACAAGGUAUGUUCAAUUCUAGAAAUAUGCACUUCUGGGCUGAAGAAAAUCCAAGGGCUACAAUGGAAACUCACUUCCAACACACGUUCAAGAUAAACGUUUAGGCAGCUACUUUAGGAAAUAGUUUCAUAUGAUACCACAUCUUUCCCGGAAAUUUAAAUGGUAACAUGUAUUACAAUUUUCUAGACAAUAUUUUACAUGAUAUUUUGGAAAAUAUUCCAUUAC